AUGCUCCAGACUCAGACUCAGCACGUCUUCUCUCACCAGCACCAGUACCCGCAGGCUGAUCCUUCCUGGUUGCACCAGCAGCAGCACCACCAGGCCCAGCACCACCAGGCUCAGCACCAGACUCAGCAUCACCAACAACACACUUCCCUGGCGGCUCAGCAGCAUGCUCAGGCUCAGGCUGCCGCCGCUGCCGCCGUUGCAGCGCAGCAGCAACACUACAACCGCAUGGCUAUGGGUGGUACCGGCGCUGCUGCAGCGGCAGCGGCGGCAGGAAAUCCGGGUCAGACGUCCGCCGCUGGCACUGCAGGGAUGACUGCGGAGACCGGAGCUCUGACAACUUUAGACGGAAUCAGCGAAGAGAACCGGAAAGUUUUCAUAUGGGUCGCCGAGUUGCUUGAUCCGAAUAGACGGGAGGCGGCGCUCAUGGAACUCAGCAAGAAGAGAGAGCAGGUUCCGGAGCUUGCUCUGGUCAUCUGGCACUCUUUUGGUGUCAUGACUGCUCUGCUACAGGAAAUCAUUUCCGUCUAUCCUCUGCUGAACCCUUCUCAGUUGACUGCUGCCGCCUCGAACCGGGUCUGCAAUGCCCUGGCUCUGUUGCAAUGUGUCGCUUCUCACAAUGAUACUCGCACUCUUUUCUUGAACGCCCACAUUCCUCUUUUCCUCUACCCGUUUCUCAACACUACUUCCAAGUCUCGCCCCUUCGAAUACCUGCGCCUGACUUCUCUGGGCGUGAUUGGCGCUCUCGUCAAAAACGAUUCGUCGGAUGUGAUCAACUUCCUCCUCACCACCGAGAUCAUCCCUCUUUGUCUUCGCAUCAUGGAGACUGGCUCUGAGCUUAGCAAGACGGUGGCCAUCUUCAUUGUGCAGAAGAUUCUGUUGGAUGACAUCGGUCUCGCGUACAUUUGCGCUACCUACGAACGGUUCUAUGCGGUGGGGACUGUCUUGAGCAACAUGGUUACUCAACUCGUUGAGCAGCAGACGGUGAGACUGCUCAAGCAUGUGGUCCGUUGCUUCCUUCGACUGAGCGACAACAACCGUGCUCGUGAGGCUCUCCGCCAGUGUCUUCCUGAGCCCUUGCGCGAUGCGACCUUCUCGUCGGUGCUACGUGAUGACGCGGCCACCAAGCGGUGUUUGGCGCAGCUGUUGAUCAAUCUUUCCGACAACGUGGUCGACGGAAACCCUAAUGGUGCUACUCCUGCUACUAUGUAA